AUAACCAAUAAUGAUAAUGAUAUUUGUUGUUAUUAUUAGAUGCUCAACAUCAGAAAAAUAGUGAUUUUUAUCCAAAAAACAAUGAGAAAAAAGAAUAAAAAUCGUCAUUCAUUUCAUCAUCAUCAUAAUCAUCAUCAUAGUAUAAUGUCAAUGGCAAUCAAUCUGGUCAAUAACAACCAUAAUAAUCAUUAUUACAUAAUCAAUUCUGUGAUUUUAAUAUUUGUUUUUAUUUCAAUUUUAUGGUCAUCAUUUCAAAUCGUACAGAUUAAUGCAUUCGAAGAUCUAAACAAUGAUGAAUUAUCAACAUUCUGUAUAAUUGGCCAAUUAUUCAAGUGCAAUGAUGAUGAAGAUUGUAUCGAAUUGGAAGAUGAUCAAAAUCAAAAUCAAAAUCAUUCAAAAGAUCAUCAUCAUCAUAUUGAUAUACCAAUUGGUCAACGAUUAGGAAAUUGUGUUUGUCGUGAUUCAAAUCAUUGUAAACGAUCAAUAGUAACUAAAAACAAUAUGCAACUACCACAAAGUGAUCAUUUAUCCAAUCUUGUAAAUUAUCAAACAAAUUCCAAUCUAAAAUUAAUAAUGAGCAUUUCAAUGGCUAUGGCUAUAAUUGGUUUUUUAAGUUUUAUAAUUUAUUAUUAUGGAAUUCGUUAUGGUAUGAUACAAUAUUAUGCUAGACGUUUAGGUUUAAUUAAUAAUCGUCAAAAUUCAAAUAUUGAAGAUAAUCAAUUAUUAAAUCAUAUUUCAUCCACGACGACGACAACGACCACUAAUCAUGAUGAUAUUGAACUUACACUUUGAUUUACAAUUUUU